CUCAGAUCGUUUUGAAAACAAGCAAGUAAGCAGAGGAGUCCGAUUUCCGUAGCUUCACGCAGCGACGCAUCCUCGACUAGCAGCUUCACUCUCGGCUUUGUUUCGGUAAACAAACACAUCAGACGGUGAUAGCUCAUGAUCUGGCGGUACCGGAGACAACCUAACCGGACAUUGCGGACAUCUCCUGACUGCUCAUCCAUGCUUAUUUUGUUGUCGAGACGCUCACGAUGGCGGGCCGCCCUUGAACAUCCGAAGCCCGUCGUUUAAACCUCGGGUGCCCGCAAGAAAUCGAGCAAUUGGGUCGUUUUACAUCUCAAUGUUCUACAUAUAUAAUGCCUAGCCAGCUGUUAAGGUCUUUAGAGUCUCUGUCUGGCGACUGAGCUUCUGCAGCGGAUGAUGCUUCUCCAUCCUCUAACGUUAGUCGUGUCAUUGGCGACGUUGCCUCUGCUAUCGUCUGCUGCUAUCGCUCAGCAGGCAUACAACUGGGCAAAUGUCAAAAUCGGUGGAGGUGGAGGCUUCGUGCCGGGCAUCAUUUUCAACCCAUCCGAAAAGGGUCUCGCGUAUGUACGGACGGACAUAGGCGGUGCCUACAGGUUGAACUCUGAUGAUACGUGGACUCCUCUUUUGGACUUCGUAGACAAUGAACGGUGGGGAUACUGGGGUGUCGACGCGCUUGCGACAGAUCCUACUGACACAGACCGUGUCUAUCUUGCCACGGGAAUGUACACAAAUGACUGGGACCCGAACAAUGGACACAUCCUUAUUUCAGAUGACCGAGGAGACACUUGGACGGCGGUCGAACUGCCCUUCAAAGUGGGCGGAAACAUGCCUGGACGAGGGAUGGGAGAGCGUCUCGCCGUCGACCCUCAUGAUAACUCAAUCCUGUACUUUGGUGCACGUUCUGGAAAUGGUCUCUGGAAAUCCACUGAUCAGGGCGCGACCUGGUCAAAAGUGGCCAGUUUCAAGGAUGGAGGCAGUUACAUACCUGAUCCAACUGACACUACCGGUUAUAACAGCGACAAAAUUGGUAUAUCGUUCGUGACCUUCGAUUCGAAUUCUGGCUCUAGCGGUUCUGCUACUCCAAGAAUUUUCGUUGGAGUAGCAAAUCUAGGAUCUACGAAUAUCUACGUUUCUGAAGAUGCUGGUAGCACUUGGAGCGCCGUUCCGGGUCAAAACAGCACUUUCAUGCCACACAAGGGUGUUCUUUCUCCUGCCGAAAAUACUCUCUACGUCUCUUAUUCUAAUGGAGCUGGGCCGUACGACGGAACGCUCGGUUCUGUAUACAAGUACAACAUAUCGUCGAGUGUCUGGACCGACAUCACUCCUGUCUCUGGUAGUGAUCUGUACUUCGGUUUUGGCGGUCUCAGUGUCGAUCUCCAAAAUCCAGGCACCGUCAUGGUCGCUGCGCUCAACUCCUGGUGGCCGGAUGGGCAAAUCUACCGCAGCACCGACAGUGGCGCAACGUGGUCGCCUCUGUGGGCUUGGAGUGCCUCUGGUUAUCCUAACAUCGACAGAUUCUACUCGUACGAUGACUCGCUGGCACCAUGGAUUGGUCCUGACUAUGUCGAAACGACUCUUGGAACUCUCCAAAUUGGCUGGAUGAUGGAAUCGCUGUCAAUUGAUCCAUUUGAUAGCAAUCAUUGGCUGUAUGGCACCGGAGGAACCAUUUAUGGAGGAUACGAUCUGCUGAAAUGGGAUACGACGCACAACGUCACUCUCAAAUCUCUCGCAGACGGUAUGGAAGAGACGGCUAUCCAGGCACUGCUCUCCCCUCCAACAGGUCCUAAUCUCCUGAGCGCGAUGCUCGAUCUUGAAGGUUUCGUACACAAGAGUUUCACUGAGCCUCCAGUGAGCUCUUAUACCAAUCCAUCAUGGUCUGGCGCAGUAGACCUGGAUUAUGCCGGCAAUGUACCAACGAAUAUCGUGCGCAUUGGGAACGAUGACAGCUCGACAGGCAAACAGGUAGCGAUUUCCACGGACUCCGGGACAACAUGGUCUCAAGACUAUGGUGCCGCCGAUAACGUCACCAGUGGAAAGGUUGCAUUUUCGGCCAACGGUGAUACUGUUCUCUGGAGAACGAGUGCCAACGGAGUUCAGGUCUCUCAAUACACGAACCCGUUUGCUUCUGUCCCGACUUUACCGGAUGACGCACAAAUAGCUUCGGACAAAGUCAACAAUUCCGUAUUUUACGGUGCUUCUGGAUCCAAGUUCUACAUUUCGAAGGAUGGAGGAAAGACGUUUUCGUCCAUCUCCGCCUUAGGUUCUUCCACUACUCCCGCGAGAGUGAUUGUCCAUCCAAGCGUCACUGGAGACGUAUGGGUCUCCACGAAUAAGGGUAUCUUCCAUUCGGUGGAUUUCGGUUCGACAUGGACACAGCUUGCUGGAGUCACUCAAGCAUGGUCAAUUUCCUUAGGAGCACCAGCUAAGACUGGUGGAUACCCUGCCCUCUUUGCCAUCGCGGCUUUCGGUUCUCAGUCUGGUUAUUUCCGCUCAGAUGACCAAGGCGUCAACUGGGUUCAGAUCAACGACGCUUCGCAUGGCUUUGGCUCGUUUAGUGCUAAUGUUAUCAGCGGUGAUCCCCGCGUUUAUGGGCGUGUCUAUGUCGGGACAAAUGGCCGUGGCAUCUUCUACGGUGAUGCGACAGGUUCUGCACCUUCUCCGACAGUCACUGCAACGACGACCUCCGUCAAAUCAACUUCCACAGUAUCGACAACAGUAAGCAGAUCAACCACCAGUAUCAUCUCGACUAGCCCGUCUGUCACCACCACCACUGUGGUAUCAACUUCAACACAUGCAUCAACGACUAGCUCUGCACCGGCAGCAACGCAAAGUGUAUACGGACAAUGCGGUGGAAAUGGAUGGACUGGACCGACAGUUUGUGCAAGCGGAUCUACUUGCACCUACAGCAAUGAUUAUUACUCGCAAUGCGUCCCGAAGUGAGGAAUCUGAAUGUUGUCACUUUGGUCUUCCUAUGUAGCUGCAACAUUAUUACUGGGAUGGUCCCGAGGAUUGCGUGGUGCUGCUGAGCUGGCUAAGUCUUACUCGACCUUUCAAGUUUAUUCGAAAACAUGCUUUGCCUAAGUCUUUGAUCGGUUCAUAACACCGCAAGCUGGUGCAGGUUCGCAUCUGAAAGUAAGGAGUCUUGGAACACGAAAGCCUGGUCAAACGGUACACAUGAUGAUUACCCAAGUUGUUGCCCGCAUGCAUUCCCCUUUCUAUCCAGUCAAUUUUAUCUCACCAAAUCAAUUCAUAACAGUCGACCGCAUUUACCUCCAUGCUUCUCACAGUAAGGAAGUCCGAGGUGCAUUGAAUGCCACGAAUGACAAGGGGUCUAGGGAUCAUGCCACGUUUGUCAUCUUCCCAGAUGUUGGCACCCGCCUGUUCCGUUCUAGUCCCGUGGUUUCACCCUGCUUCCAUUCUCUAUUUAAAUAAGUGCAAUAACAGCAACUGGGUCCAGACAAAUUCAUGAAGCGAUGCUCAUUCGCAUUGCAAAUAAGUAUCUUAUAACGAGGGCCAUAUCGGAACAAACACAAGGGAUAAUGCUGAUAUACCCUCUCUCUGCUCUGUCUGUGCUUGCCAUACCGUCAAUACAAUUGCAAUAGUCGGUGGCUCACGAUCACCUCGCUUCCAUCGUUUCGUUCUGGUCUCCGAUUCACCGUUGGACUUGAAGGCCGGCUUGAGCGGUUCCGACAGAUUGUACUGGCUGGCUAAAUGAUACACACUGACCGGAACUAGAGUCCUCGAUGGCUAAACCUGUUCUCGAUCGCUUUGCAACAUGCCCGCCCCGUACAUUCCGCAUUACCGAAUGAACUAUGGUGUUGGCCACAUGUCUACAAGUUGACUUAUAUUGGAGUAUUAAUUUUGAUGCAACGAGCACUGGUAUACCCAGCCGGAAAUUUGUAUUUCUCGGGUCCGGAGAUGCAUACAAGUAGUGGUGUUUUGAAAAAUUCUCGGCCUAGUCUCCGCAGUCAUGAAGUAUCCUACUUAUUCUCCGCAUGCUUUCCCCUUCUCUAGAAACCUUUACAUAGCAUAUAGUCAACAUUAGGCCACUAUGCACCUACGAAACCAUCUGCUUCUCUUGCUCUUUGCCAAAGCUGCACAUGGGCACCACGCAUUCAAGCCUGAACAGACUCCGACAGAUGCAUUUGCUGCAAGGGUAGUGAAAUCGGAAACUCGUUGCGCAUCUAGCAAGGGCUUGCGAACGAGUCCGUUGGCUCACGCUGCUAACUAUAAGCUGGUCGAGUCGCAUUCCGGCAGUAAUUUCUUUGAUAACUUUACGUUCUGGGAUAAGAGCGAUCCCACCCAUGGCGCCGUCAACUACCGCAGUCGAUCAGAUGCUGUUAAUAUUAACUUAUGCUCCAGUGACACUGAUUAUCAUUGACCUUACUACGUGCAGGAAGCAAUGAACCUCACGGGCGUCAAUAAUGUCGGAAAUGCAUACAUCAAAGUUGAGACAACUCCGGUAGUCUCUGGGAAUCGAUCGAGUGUCCGUAUCGGUACAGACAAUACCUUUACUAAGGGAAUAUUCGUCAUUGAUGCUCUCCAUAUGCCGCACGGAUGUGGCACUUGGCCGGCUUUUUGGUCGACUGGUUAGUCUGACACUUGAUAAUGGGAGUACUCCGAGUGCAUAAAUCGUGACGACGUUCCGACAGGUCCUGAUUGGCCCACGUAUGGUGAAAUAGACAUCAUAGAGGGUGUGAACGAGUAUACGCGAAAUAAGGCUUCAAUCCACACAGCACCUGGAUGCUCUCUGCCAUCAAAUUCAUCCCAGGUUCUUGGAAUGGAAGCAACUCUGGUCGGGUCAACCGACUGCGAUGCAAGGAAAACAAGGGACCAGGGAUGCGGAAUGAGGUCCAACUCAAAUAUCACCUUUGGCUUAGGAUUUAAUUCUGUCGGGGGUGGUGUAUAUGCCCUGGUUUGGAGUGACAAGGAAAUUGUCGUGCAUUUCUUCCCUCGCGAUUCUAUCCCACAGGACUUAUUGAGCGAUUCCCCGACGCCUGAUACUUGGGGAACACCAAUGGCCCGCUUGCCAUCGACGGAUUGUGAUAUAAACAAGUUCUUCCAGAAUCACACAAUUAUUAUCAACACUGCUCUGUGCGGUGGUUGGGUUGGGGGCUUCUGGAAUCGAACAGGUGUGGCAGGGCAAGGCGCUAGUUGCGCUGCGAGUACAGGUUAUGCAACUUGCGAAGACUUUACACGGAACAACGGAGCUGCAUUUCGUGAUGCCUAUUGGGAAAUAGCAAGCAUGAAGAUAUAUAAGCAUGUUCGAAACCGUAGCUAUUCAGUAUUCGGAAGUCCUGUACCCCAUUUCCAGGCCUGACAUCUUGUUAUGAGCGGCAAACCGUAGAUAUUAGUAUAGCUCUAUGCCGAAAUUCUAUCGUAUGAGUUGUUUUUG